AUGGACAGAAAGUGUAUUCCUGUGAAGCAUUUUCUGAAUAAGCCCCAAAUCAUCCAUGGUUUGGGGAGUGCCUCACAGAUAGACGCUGAUAACAGCAGCAGUAGCAGCCAGGUGUGGGCGUCCAAAGCACAGCACUAUAAGCAGAGAAAUGCAUAUCAUACAGCACAAAUAAAGCAGACCAGGCUUGACCUAAACACAACAUUGCCAGUUCGUCAGACAGCUUCCAUCUUCAAACAACCAGUGACAAAGGUGACUAAGCACCCCAAAAAUACAGUGAAGACAGACCUGCGAAGAGCCAGAGAUCCACCCAAACAGUUAUUCUGGGAAAGAAAAUUAAGUGGUUUAAGUGCGUUUAACAUCGCUGAGGAAAUUAUCAAAUCUAUGGACCUUCCCAAAGGCUUACAAGGUGUGGGGCUUGCCUGUUCAGAUGAAACUCUAUUGUCCGCCAUUGCCAGUGCUCUUCACACAAGUGGAUCUCCAGUCACUGGACAACUGACGGCUGCAGUAGAUAAAAAUCCCGGAGUCUGGCUUAAUACUGCUCAGCCACUUUGCAAAGCUUUUGUUGUGACAGAUGAAGACAUUAGGAAACAAGAGAAACAAGUUCAAAGUGUCCGAAGGCGACUGGAGGAAGCUUUGAUGGCUGACUCUUUAGCUAAUUUAAAUGACCUCACUUCAGAUGAAGCAGCUGGGGAACAGGAGGAGACUGUGAUGGAGGUGGACCCAAAGAUAUCAUCGUAG